AUGGAUUCUAGCAGCGCCCAGAGUCCCAAGGCAACAUCAUCACUAGCUGCUGCCCUCGCGCCCGUGCUCAACGCCGAGGCAGCGGCUGCGGCUGGUAUUCUUCCUGCAUCGCAUUGGGCUGAUCAGCCGCUCCCUGAGGAACAUCCAGACGAUGAUACAGCUUCUACGAUUGGAUCGGUCGCCUCAAGCAGCGCCUCCUUGAGUAGCACCAUUUUCUAA